CUGGCCCGUUCACCACUGGUUGUGGUUUCGGUUUCCAUUUUCCUUCUGCAGUUUAGGUUCCCCGGCGGCUCCGCCUCUCCGCUGGGCCAGUACACCCUCUCAGAAAAUCCCUCCUGGCCGGCCGCUGGGCUUUAAAGGGAGUGGGGCACCGGUGAGGUAGGACCUCGCGGGGAGCUGAGCCACCGGGAUGACGGCGGAGGAGAGGAGGAAUCUGCGCGCCUUCCAGGACUAUGUCAUCAAGAUUCUGGACCCUACCUAUAUCCUGAGCUACAUGUCGCCCUGGUUUAAGGACGAUGAGGUGCAGUAUAUUCGGGCUGAGAAAAACAAUAAGGGCACGAUGGAGGCUGCCUCACUUUUUCUUAAGUUCCUAUUGGAGCUCCAGGAAGAAGGCUGGUUCCGUGGCUUUUUGGAUGCCCUUGCUCAUGCAGGUUAUUCUGGACUUUAUGAAGCCAUCGAAAGUUGGGAUUUCCAAACCAUUGAAAGGUUGGAGGAAUAUAGGUCACUGUUAAAGCGUUUACAACCAGAAUUUAAAACUACAGUUAAUCCAAAAGAUAUCCUUCCUGAAGUAUCUAAAUGUUUAAUUAGUCAGGAAUGUGAAGAAAUUAUACAGGUUUGUUCCAACAAGGGGCUGAUGGCAGGUGCAGAGAAAAUGGUUGAAUGCUUUCUCAGAUCGGACAAGGAAAACUGGCCCAAAACUUUGAAACUUGCUUUGGACAAAGAAGAGAGCAAGUUCAGUGAACUGUGGACUGUGGACAAAGGUGCAAAGAAUAUUGACGUGAAAGUUCUUGAGGAUGAUGAAAUGGAAACUUCUGACAUACAGAUUUUCUACAAGGAGGAAUCUGAAUGCCAGAAUCUUAGUCAGAAUUCAUGUCCAUCUUCAGAAGUCUCUCAUAUUUACACCCCAGUGAAGCCAAGAAAUUACCAACUAGAGCUUGCUUUGCCUGCUAAGGAAGGAAAAAACACAAUAAUAUGUGCUCCUACUGGUUGUGGAAAAACCUUUGUUUCACUUCUUAUAUGUGAGCAUCAUCUUAAAAAAUUUCCACAAGGACAAAAGGGGAAGGUUGUCUUUUUUGCUAUUCAACUCCCAGUGUAUGAACAGCAGAAAUCUGUGUUCUCAAACUAUUUUGAAAGACUUGGGUACAAAGUUGCAGGUGUUUCUGGAGCAACGUCUGAGAAUGUCUCAGUGAAACAGAUUGUUGAGAACAAUGACAUCAUCAUUUUAACUCCACAGAUUCUUGUGAAUAGUCUUAAAAAUGGGACUAUUCCAUCACUCUCUGUCUUUACUUUGAUGAUAUUUGAUGAAUGUCACAAUACUGGUAAACACCAUCCUUAUAAUAUGAUCAUGUUUAAUUAUCUAGAUCAGAAACUUGGAGGAUCUUCAGACCCACUGCCUCAGGUCAUUGGGCUGACUGCCUCCGUUGGCAUUGGGGAUGCCAAAAGCACAGCAGAAGCCGUGGAAUAUAUCUGCAGACUGUGUGCUUCUCUUGACACAUCAGUGAUAGCAACAGUCAAAGACAACUUGGAGGAACUGGAAGAAAUUGUUUAUAAGCCCCAAAAGUUUUUCAGGAAAGUGGAAUCACGGACCACUGACAGAUUUAAAUGCAUCAUAUCUCAGCUGAUGAGGGAAACAGAGAGUCUGGCAAAGAGUAUCUUUGACGAAAUCGGUACCAUAACUCUCGAAGGUAUAUCUCAAAUUCGAAAUAGGGAAUUUGGAACGCAGAAAUAUGAACAAUGGAUCGUUACUGUUCAGAAAGCAUGCACGGUGUUUCAGUUGCCUGACAAAGAUGAAGAGAGCAGGAUUUGUAAAGCACUGUUUUUGUACACUUCCCAUUUGCGGAAAUAUAAUGAUGCCCUCAUUAUCAAUGAGCAUGCGCGAAUGAAAGAUGCUCUGGAUUACUUGAAAGACUUCUUCACCAACGUCCGAGCGGCAGGGUUUGAUGAGAUUGAGCAAGAUCUCACUCGGAGAUUCGAAGAAAAGCUGCAGGAACUGGAAACCGUUUCUAUGGAUCCCAGCAAUGAGAACCCAAAACUCAAAGAUCUCUGCUUCAUCUUGCAAGAGGAGUACCACUUAAACCCAGAGAGUAGAACCAUCCUCUUUGUGAAAACCAGAGCACUUGUGGAUGCUUUGAAGAAAUGGAUUGAAGAAAAUUCUGAACUCAGCUUUCUAAAACCUGGCAUAUUGACUGGACGGGGCAAAACAAAUCAGAACACAGGGAUGACACUCCCAGCACAGAAGUGUGCAUUGGAUGCGUUCAGAACUAAUGGAGAUAAAAAGAUUCUGAUCGCGACCUCAGUUGCUGAUGAAGGCAUUGACAUUGCUGAGUGCAAUUUGGUCAUCCUGUAUGAGUAUGUGGGCAAUGUCAUCAAAAUGAUCCAAACUAGAGGCAGAGGAAGAGCGAGAGGUAGCAAAUGCUUCCUUCUGACUAGUAAUGCUGUUGUAAUUGAAAAAGAAAAAAUAAAUAUAUACAAAGAAAAAAUGAUGAAUGACUCCAUUUCAAUGCUUCAGACAUGGAAUGAAGCAGUAUUUAAAGAAAAGGUUCUCCAGAUACAGAUCCAAGAAAAAGUCAUCAGGGAUAGUCAAGGAAAAGUAGAACCUGUACCUGAUAAGGAAAAUAAAAAACUGCUCUGCAGGAAGUGCAAAGCCUUUGCAUGUUACACUGUUGAUAUCAGAGUGGUGGAGGAAUGCCAUUACACUGUGGUUGGAGAUGCUUUCAGGAAGUGCUUUGUGAGUAAACUACACCCCAAACCAAAGAGCUUUGGAUAUUUUGAGAAGAGAGCAAAGAUCUUCUGUGCCAGACCAAACUGCAGCCAUGACUGGGGAAUCCAUGUGAAGUAUAAGAUAUUUGAGAUUCCAGUUAUAAAAAUAGAAAGUUUUGUGGUGGAGGAUAUUGCAACUGGAGCUCAGAAACUAUACGCAAAGUGGAAGGACUUUCAUUUUGAGAAGAUACCAUUUGAUGCUAAGGAAGUGUCCAAAUGACCUGGGUGCCUCAUUCUUUAGCUACAGGGGAUGGAUGACCAACCCUGACUGAAGAAAUUAGCCCCAGUGGGUACAAUCAUGGAUUGCUUGUACCAUUGUGAAGGUAUUUGCCCAAGGCUUGUAUUGAACUAAGUAUCUAUCACUUAACUUUACCCUCUGUUUAUGGCUUUCUGUAGGCCAAUAAAGCUCUUAAGUACUUGGGAAAAAUUAAAAAGCCUUAACUUCUUUUCCUAUCCUUCCCCUUGCAACUGACCCCCAAUGAAUAUCCAGUAGCCACUGGGUACACAUUAGAAUGAAUGAAUGAAAGGAAGGAAGGAAAGAAAGAAAUGUUGAAAGUUUUUUCUGUACUUCCCUUUCUUUCCUUAACCUGCUACUGUAAACUGACUUUUGCCCUUAAUCUACUGACACUGUUCUUGUUAAUACCAGUGCCUAAUCUAUCGGGCACUUCUUAGGCCUUCUCUCUCUUUGAUCUCUUUGCUGCUUUUGGCCCUGUUGAGUACUCCUUUCCUGGAACCCCCUCUUGGCUCCUAUUUCUGUUAGCUCUGUCCCAGUCUGUGCUGUUGAUUCCUCUAUGCUGAUAAUUCUAAGGGUUUGAUAAAUAUUCAUAUACAUAGAUAUAGUAGUUACUCAUAUUUUCCAUGUACCAGUGUGUGGCAUGUAAUCUUAAAAUUCUGUAGGACAAUUUUUAGUAAUGGGAGCAUGUAGAUGAUAUAGUACUUCUUGAGAAAUUGAUUUGUUUUUAUAGUUUAUUGUACAUCUUGCCCUAUUAAUUUGUUUCCUUAACCCGUGCUGUUGUUCCCUUUGAAUGGUCAUCUCAAGCCAUUUUGUAAUAAUAGUUGAUGGUCAACAGUUUGGACUCUGUUCUCAGGUUCCUUGGAUGAAACUGAGGAGAUAAAUUUGGCUGUCCUAUCCACUUAAAAAAAUCAGACUAUUCAAGUGGCAUUCUUGUGUCAUUAAACAAGGUUACUGAUGCCCUGA